AUGGAGAUGUCUCUCGAAGAAAUUUCAUCAAUGACUGGUAAUCUUGAAAAAAUCUCUGCACCAGAACCAGCGCCAGCAUCACCGAAAACAGCCGCAGCUGCAUCGUCCCAGCGGGAUGGAAAACGUGGCGCAUCGACAGCAUCCAAACAAGGUGGCGCUCAAUUCCUUGAAGGUGCUAAAAAGGUUGAAGCAUCGAAAGCAUACAAACACGGCCGCAGUGAAUCAACUGAAAGCGAUGAAAAGCGUGAAUCAUCAAGAGCAUACAAAUACGGCCACACUGAAUCAACUGAACGUGCUGACAAGCGUCAAUCAUUGGAAGGACGCAAACACGGCCGCGCUGAAUCAACUGAACGUCAUGAAAAGCGUCAAUCAUGGGAAGGACGCAAACACGGCCGCCGUGAAUCAACUGAACGUCAUGAAAAGCGUCAAUCAUCGAGAGCAUACAAACACGGCCACACUGAAUUAACUGAACGUGAUGGCAAGCGUCAAUCAUGGGAAGGACGCAAACACGGCCGCAGUGAAUCAACAGAACGUGAUGAAAAGCGUGAACCAUCGAAUGCACACAUACACGCCCGCGCUCAAUCAACUAAAAGUGAUAAAAAGGGCGUAUCAGUGAAAGCAACCAAACACGCUGAAGCUGCAACAAAAUCGGGUUCGGCUGACAGGGGGGAAAAGGUUGAAUCAUCGAAAGCAAACAAUCAAGGUGGAGCCGCAACAAAAUCAGGAUCGGCUGACAUCGGGGGAAAGGGCGUAUCAGUCAAAGCAACCACACAAGGUGAAGCUGCGAAGAAGGCUGCAUCAACCAAAGCAACCACACAAGGUGAAGCUGCGACGAAGGCUGCAUCAACCAAAGGAACCACACAAGCUGGAGGUGCAACAAAGUCUGCAUCAAGCAAGGCAACAAGAGAAGCUGGAGCUGCAGCAGAAGCUGCAUCGGCGGAAAGUGGAGAAAAAGUAGUUGGUAAGUGGUGUUAA